AUGGCCCAGAAUUCCUGCGGACAACUGUUGCCACUGUCCAGCCGCCGAACCUGGUUGCCGACGAAGCAAACCCUGACGGCGAUCAACCUGGAGAUCCCGACCCAGAAAUCCAUUGACUACAGGAAGCUGCAACGGAUCUUUGGGUACGUGACGAGGUUCCUGUACAACUGCCGGCACAAGCCGGCGGAGCGACGCGGAUCCUACUUGAAGAUUGGCGAGCUGCGGAACGCGCAGUUGCUGAUGGUGAUGGUGGUACAGCACGCAGUGUAUGGAGAGGAAAUAAGCUGUAUCCGCAAGAACCAGCCGGUGAAGGGCAAGCUCCGGAACCUGAACCCGAUGUACGACGAAACAGAACGUGUGCUGCGGGUCGGUGGACGCAUCCGUCAUUCCGAUCUGCCUCGCGACCAGAAGCACCCCAUGAUUCUUCCGGAAAGGCAACACCUCACCGAACUCCUGAUAAACACACUGCACCGGGAGAACUUACACGUUGGUCGCAACGGGUUGCUGGCUGUGAUUAGACGUGCCUUCUGGCCAGUCAACGCGAAGCGAACCAUCUAUCGGGUGCUGAAAAGGUGUGUGCAGUGCUUCAGGGUGAAGCCCAGUGAUGUGCCGCAGUUCAUGGGAGAUCUGCCGAGCAGCCGAGUGACCGAAGCCCUACCUUUCUCCAGAACCGGCGUGGACUACGCCGGACCGCUUCUACUGAAACAGGGGAGAAUGAGAUCUCCUGUGAAGGCAUACAUCGCUCUGUUUGUAUGCAUGACGACGAAGGCUCUGCACCUCGAACUGGUGACGUCGCUCUCGGCUGAGGCCUUUUUGGGCGCACUGCAUCGUUUUGUUGGACGACGAGGAAACGUGUCCGUGAUGAGGUCGGACCGAGGCACAAACUUCGUCGGAGGAGAUCGCCAACUGAAGGAGCUGCACGAGCUGCUGAAGACGCAGCUGUUGGAGCGCAAGAUCGCGGACUUCUGCCAGGUCCGCGGAAUAGACUGGAAGUUCAACCCCGCCAAGGCCCCGCACCAGGGUGGCCUCUGGGAAGCAGGAGUGAAAAGUGUGAAGCACCAUCUGAACCGCACGUUGAAGGAGGCUUACUUGACGUACGAGGAGAUGAACACACUGUUGGUGCAAAUUGAGGCGAUUUUGAACUCGCGCCCUUUGUGCCAGCAAUCCGACGAUCCCUGCGACUACCAAGCGUUGAGCCCGGCACAUUUCCUCAUUGGCCGAGAGCUCACCGCGGUGGCUGAGCCGCUCUACGGAGGAGUACGAGAAAACACGCUGACCAGGUACCAAAUAGUGCAGAAGAGGAAGCAAGAUUUUUGGCGUCGCUGGUCCCGCGACUACGUGACGGAGUUGCAGAAGCGAGGAAAGUGGGACAAGGCGCCGGCGAUGAUCAGGAUCGGGAUGCUAGUUAUGCUGAAGGAGGACAACACGCCGCCACAGACCUGGCGGCUUGGUAGAAUCGUCGAUACUCAUCCGGGAGGCGACGGCGUGGUCCGCGUUGUGACGGUCCGUACAAGCAACGGUGCCACGUUCAGUCGGCCGACUACGCAGAUCGCAAUUCUGCCGAUCCAGGACAACGAGGAGGAGAAGGAUUGA